UAACACCUCACAACCUAUUCCAUUCUGAACCUAUUGAUUGGGAUUUUUGUAUACCUACUUUUACUCAUUGCAUCCUAGCUUGCUAUUAUAGCAAACAUGCAGGUAUUUAAAGAAAUGUUUUGUUUUUCCUUCUUAGCUGUUGAAAUUUCUUGAAUGCCAACACAACACAACACACCAUGCGCACGACAGAGGUCUCCGUCACUGCGGAAGGAAGAUCGCAAUGCUGCUUGGAGGCUGUUGACAGAAAGUGAUCAGUUGUCGUGUUCCGCCAGCUGCUGCGCCGGGGUUGGCAGCGCACAGCCGCUACCAGCUGACACGCCGACCGGUGCGCGGCGCGCGUGCGCCGGGCGCCGACGGCCGCCGUCUGGCAGCAACAGCGCUGCCAGUGACUCGCGCUGCUGCUGCAGAAACUGGACAAGGAUCGUAGAAUCCUGGCGUGUUUUUGUAACGUCCAUUAGAGUGAUUUAGACGCAGCGUGUAGAAAGGACUCGUUUAUUGACGUGUGACUUUCUGACAGCUCAGUCACCUGUUGACGGCGGCGCACAGCGUCACCUACCCGCCCUACAGCCGGCCCAGCAGGGUGAGUAGUGAGUACCAAUACCCGCCCUGCAGCCGGCCCCAGCAGGCGGACGGAGAGGCCCGCCCGGGCCCAGUGCCGCACGGAGAGGCGGCGGCGCUGGAGGCCAACACCCCGGGUCGCGGCCUGUAGCUGACGGUGCUGGAGCCGCGAGUCACCGUGGUGGCUGGCCAUGGAGACUUGGAAAAGGCCGGUGAGGUGCGUCUCCAGCUGCGCUGUCAGACGAUCCAGUGGAACGAGCAGCAGCCCAUGUACCCGUCCCGGCUGUGCCGGUGUGUCUCCCAGCUUGAGCGGCGCCGGCCGACCGCUGCGCUGCUCUACAACUGCCACGUCCACACACGAUGCACGGUGACGGCUGACCAGGCGGUGCUGGUCUCGGCCGCGGCCGACGGCCAGCCCGCCCAGGAGCACCAGGUCGCCUCGCUCUCCUCAGCCUGGGUCUACUGGAAGGCCCUGCUGGCGCCGGCCCUGUGGGCCGGCUCCCAGCACCCGCUCACAGCAGGUGUGCCACUACUGCCAGCUGAGCGUGCGCCAGGGCGGCCGCCUGCUUCGGCUGCACCGGAGCCUGCUGGCGCCCGGCCGGGGGACCGCCGGCGCCGAGCCAGCCGGCUCGCAGCUGGACCUGCCACUAGAGACGGACCUGUGGGACCUGGACGUGCGGCUGUGUCAGACCGGCUGGUGCUGGGCCGGCGCCGCCCGGUGCGCUGUCAGCUGGACGGCCGGCCCGUGCUGGCCGCGCCCCAGGCGGCCGACGCGCCGGCUCCCGGCGGCGAGCGGGCGGUACGGGCGCUGCUGCAGCUGCCGACAGCUGCCGCCGCCGCGGACAGCUGCCCGCUGCUGGUGGUCGUCUCCGAGCCGGCCCUGCUCUGCUGGCAGCCGGCACUGCUGCUCUGGCUGUCCCUGGCCACUCAGCUGGCCAGCAGCUGAGUGGCCCGGCGCCGCCGCCACUGCCCCAGCCGCCCGAGCCGCCGCCGCCGCCGCCGCCGCCGCCGCCGCCGCCAGCGGAGGACCGGGCGUCUAGCCGCUCCGGCCGCCGCUCGCCGGCCGUGGAUGUGCCCCGGCCGCACGGACACUCAGGUACCUCGCGAUCGGCACGGAGCCACACCACGGAGAGGAACCUACCUGCAGUGUCAUCCAACACCCCCGCUGCGGCGGCCGUCUCCCCCACUCCGCCGGCGCCGCCCGCCGCUCCGACUUUGGCCUGGCUGCCGGCCCUGGAGCGUCUGGAGGUGCGCCUUCAGAUCAGCGCGGUCACCGUCACCGUUCCGGCCGGUCCAGAGAGCGGCGGCGGGGCGGCCGGGGACGCGGAGCGGACGGCGGACCCGCUCCCGGCCGCGGCCGGCCACCACCCGGCGCCGGUACCGGGCCGGGUCCGCAGCAGCAGCGACUCGGGCCACCGGUACUGCCUGCACGGACAGCUGGUCUCUGUGCUGCCGUCAGUCCGACUGGACAGCGCUGCGCUCAAAUCGGCCGCCCUGCCGACAGUGCCGGAGGUGCCCGUCCGACUCACCAGACCUUCAGCGGCCGCAGCCGGCUCCCAGCUGCGCUCGCCGAGCCAGACGCAGCAGGUGAUGUCGCCGUCGGUCGUGGUGCGCGACUGUGCGCCCAUCCCGCGUCCAACGCCUCCCCCCCCCCCCCUCCACAACGCGCGCUGUAGCGCCUGCCGAGCGCCGGCUGCUGCCGGGCCCGCCGUCGUACUUUUAUGGCCUUGCGCCGUCAGUCGCCAGCUGGUGGUGGCGACCCGUGAUCGCUCGCGUACGUUCGCCGGCGCGCCCAUUGCAGAGAAGGGGUUCGCGCAUGCCCAUUAUAGAGGGGCGCCCUUGCGGAGGCGGUACGCGCUACGCUGUAGACACUACUGCUUGUACCUGGUUGGGUAGCUCCUUUGCACAUUGUUUGUUCAUGGAUGUAAAUACAAGUUACAUGACUGAUGA